GGUUUAACAAAAACUAUUGCAAAUAUCUACUCAGAUUAUAGGGACACAAACAAAGUUUAUGACAUGAAAUAAUGGCAAAUACAACAAAGAUGACCAAGAUUCCACACAAAAUAUUGCUACUGUUAAUUUUUGGAUCUUCAACACUAAUGCUGCUACUCCCAUUAAAACUCUCCAUGUAAGCAAUUUUUUCCAUAUUGUUAAGUAAAGAUUGCUCAUCAAUUUGAACCCCCUUAUUCAAGACCUUGGGUAUAAAAGACUCCUCAUCAAGAAUUUUCACAUUGUUCAGGUAAUAAUGCUCAUCAAUAUUUGAUGUUAAAAUGUCUAAAAUCUCUACUUCAAGCCUUCAAAUUGUUCGAAGGAGCCCGCGAACCACCACUUAAGGCCUUACACACAUAGGUGGGUCGAUCCACUUUCAUAAAUAACAUCCUUCAACCAACUGCGAAAAAAAUUUCAUUGGAGACGAAGAGAGGAGGAGACGAACAUAGGAGAAAGGAAAAAACUGGAGAAGAAAAAAAAUUAACCAAUUGUCUUCUUGGGAUCGAAUAUGUCCACGAUGUUUUGAUCACAGCAUGGUAUUGACAAGAGCGAUUAGGAUUUGAAACCCUUCUCAUUUCUUCUUCUCGUCGGUAACAAUGGCAGAUGGAGUCGAAUGGGGGCUACUCGAAGGGCUUCAUCUAGUUAGAGAGGGUUUUUACUUUUGGGGUAUUGAUUUUCUUUUGAUUUUACUUUUUAAGUUUUCUUUAAUAAAAUUGUAGGUUUAAUUUAUGUUUAGUUUGGUUUUAAUUGUGUAUUUGGGUGUUUUUAGUUUUUACUUGAAUAUGAAAUGGAUUCUCACUGGGAUUGCCACAUAGGACGGUUGGGCACUUACCAAAUAGUGGAGAGCAAAACAAAGGUUAGUUUAGCCGAUGAUCAGCGCAGCCACCAGCCGCCACCGCUUUUCUCGUUUCCAUUUACCUUCCAUGGCUAGCUAGCUGCACCCUGCAACCUCCGUCUCCAUCUCCAUGGUAGUGACCUUCAAUCAUACCAUUAUUGUCUCACUUUCUUUUUGUACCUUCACUCAUGGCCGACCAAAUGGCUACAACCUUCCACUCCCUCUUCUUCUUUUCCUGCUUAUUUUGGCCACUGCUGUUGUGUGACUCUAUAUCCAAUUUUAGAACAAUCUAUAAUUUGAAUGGAAAUCUUUUCAACUUUGAAAGUCUAAAGCCAACGUUUUGAGUUGUUUUGACGACCCAUUUCCACAAUUUUAAUAAGCAUGCAAACAAUAUCACUUAUGUUACAGCACAGACUCACUCAGUCAAUACGUCGAACAGUUUUCGUGCCAUAUUCACCUGCCUGCAAACUCCCUUGCAUUUUUGCUUUUCUCUGCAGCCAAGCGCCUGUUAACAUCCCAGAUGAAACUUUUGAUUUGAAACAGGAAGAAACCAGACCCUGCUUAUCUUAUAGAAUUGAGAAACUGCCUGGAGGCGAAGGCGUUUUGUCUGCUUUUCAGAGCUGGAUGAGAGAUGGAAAUCCUGUUCACAGGGGUGACGUUUUUCACACCAUUAAUCGCCUCAGAAAGCUCAAAAUGAACAAACGCGCUCUCGAGGUAAUGGAAUGGGUGAUCAGGGAAAGGCCCUACAGGCUAAAGGAAUUGGACUAUUCUUUUCUGUUGGAAUUCACAAUUAAGAUUCAUGGGAUUUCACAAGGUGAAAAGCUCUUUUCUUGCCUUCCAGCAGAGUUUCAAAAUGAGCUCCUUUAUACCAAUUUAGUAAUCGCAUGCUUGGACAAAGGUGCAAUAAUACUUUCACUAGCUUACAUGAAGAAAAUGAGGGAAUUGAAUCAUCCCAUGUCACACUUGGUUUUCAACCGCCUCAUAAUUCUCCAUUCAUCUCCCAGGCGUAGAAAGUUCAUCCCGAAAAUUCUCUCUCAAAUGAGAGCUGAUAAAGUGCCCCAACAUGUCUCCACAUUUAACAUUCUUAUGAAAAUAGAGGCCAAUGAGCACAAUAUUGAAGGGCUCAUGAAAGUUUUUAGUGACAUGAAGCGAGCAAAUGUUGAACCAAAUGAAAUAUCUUACUGCAUUGUCGCCACUGCACAUGCUGUUGCAAGGCUGUAUACUGUUGCGGAAGUCUAUGUUGAAGCUAUAGAGAAGUCAAUGACAGGUAAUAAUUGGUCAACGUUGGACGUUCUUAUAAUGUUGUAUAGCUUUCUGGGGAAGGAAAAGGAACUAGAGAGAACUUGGCAAGCUGUGCAAGAUUUACCUUAUGUUCGGUCCAAAAGUUAUGUGCUGGCAAUUGAAGCUUUCGGUAGAAUGGGCAAGCUUGACCAAGCUGAGGAACUUUGGCUCGAGAUGAAAUCAAGAAAAGGGUUGAAUACUACUGAGCAGUUCAAUUCUAUAUUGUCUGUGUAUUGCAGGCAUGGGCUUAUUAAAAAAGCAUCAGAAAUUUACAGGGAAAUCGGAAAACAUGACUGUAAACCAAAUGCAAUAACUUAUAGGCACCUUGCUUUGGGUUGCUUGAAAGCAAACUUGGUGGAGGAAGCCGUGAAAACUCUCGAGAUGGGGAUGGAUUUGACGACAAGCAACGUGGUCAGGAAUUCAAGCCCAUGGUUGGAAACAACUCUACUAAUAGUUGAGAGUUUUGCAGACAAGGGUGAUGUUGGGAGUGCUGAGAAGUUAUUUGAAGAGUUGAUAAGAGCAAAGUAUAGCAGGCAUACUUUUGCUUACAACACUCUAAUUAAGGCUUAUGUGAAGGCUAAAAUUUAUAGUCCAAAUUUCUUGAAACGAAUGAUUUUGGGAGGAUCUAGGCCAGAUGCUGAGACAUAUAGCCUGGUGAAACUUGCUGAGCAGUAUAGAAACUGAGUUUAGUUUUUUGAAAUGAUCAUAAGGAGGUUCAUUUUUAUUCUUCUUUUAUGUACAAAAUUCCGUGUUGUUACAAAUAGAAGACAUGAUUGAAUAAGCUUAAAAGGGAUAAAACAAUGGGGAAUUUACACAAUAUUAUUUUUUUUAGGUAAA